UUUAUAACAAUUUUCCGUUGCUCCUCUUUUUAUACUCCCAUUCUUUCUUUCCUGGAAUAUUGGAGGAGGCAAGGAAGUUUAUCGCUUUCUGAUUUCUGCGGAAAUUUUAAUUCUUGGGUUUGUGUUUAAAUUGUAAAUUUAGAAUUUUUUUAGUAAACGUUUAGAGAAUGGAUGAUGAGUAUGCGAAGCUGAUCAGAAGGAUGAAUCCUCCUAGAGUUGUAAUUGAUAAUAACUCUUGUGAGGAUGCCACUGUUAUACAGGUGGACAGUAUUAACAAGCAUGGCAUUUUGCUGCAAGUUGUUCAAGUACUUACUGAUAUGGAUCUUAUAAUAAAGAAAGCAUACAUAUCAUCCGACGGGGGAUGGUUUAUGGAUGUGUUUAAUGUAAUUGAUCACAACGGGAACAAAAUAAGAGAUAAGGAAGUCAUCAAUUACAUUCAAACGAGGCUUGAAAGCGAUGCUAGCUUCUCACCCUCGUUGAGAAGCUCUGUUGGGGUGAUUCCUUCAGAAGAUCAUACAUCAAUUGAACUCACUGGCAAUGACAGGCCUGGUCUAUUGUCGGAGAUAUGUGCAGUUCUUGCGGAUCUUCAGUGCAAUGUGGUGAAUGCUGAGAUAUGGACACAUAAUGCUAGAGCUGCAGCUGUUGUUCAUGUCACCGACCAUUCCACUGGCUGUGCAAUUAAGGAUUCCAAACGCCUCUCAACCAUAAAGCAAUUGCUUUGCAAUGUUCUCAAUGCAAACAAUGACUUCAAAGGAGCAAAGACAACACUUUCACCUCCUGGUGUUAUGAAUAGAGAAAGAAGGCUGCAUCAAAUUAUGUUUGAUGAUAGGGACUAUGAAAGGGUUGAGAGAACACUGGGAAGAGUUGAGGAUAAAAGCUCAAGACCCCAAGUUACUGUUUUGAAUAUUGAGAAAGAUUACACUGUGAUAACUAUGAGAUCAAAAGAUCGCCCGAAACUAUUGUUCGACAUUGUUUGCACUCUAACAGACAUGCAAUAUGUUGUUUUUCACGGAAUGGUCGACACUGGAGAGAUGGAAGCUUAUCAGGAAUUCUAUAUUCGACAUGUUGAUGGGCUUCCAAUCAGCUCGGAUGCUGAACGAGAACGUGUUAUACAGUGUCUUGAAGCUGCCAUUGAGAGGCGGGCAUCAGAGGGACUGGAGCUGGAAUUGUGCACAGAAUAUCGUAUUGGACUCCUUUCAGACAUCACAAGGAUAUUCCGUGAAAAUAGUCUGUGUAUCAAGAGAGCAGAAAUUUCGACAAAAGGAGGGAGGGUCAAAGACACUUUCUAUGUCACGGAUGUUACUGGAAACCCAGUUGAUCCGAAGAUCAUCGAGGCUAUUCGGGGGCAGAUUGGAAAAACCAAACUCAAGGUAAAGCACAGCCCAAUUGUUGCACCAAAACCUCCUGAGAGAACAACAGGAUUUUUUCUGGGAAACUUUUUUAAAGCUCGAUCUUUUCAAAAUUUCAAACUGAUUAGAUCCUACUCAUAAAUUUUUUUCUGUAUAGUUUGAGAAGUAAAUGCUGUACAGAAAUAUCAGAUGUUAAAAGUCAGUCAAAAGACAUACAAAAAGGGCAGACUGUACAUAUCUCCUGCCCUCUGUCAUAGAGUAUUGAGGGCUUAGUGUACUGUAGAAAAGACGCCCAGAUACCAUCUGAAUACUGUGAAAAUUACUAGGGUACUUGUAAUUUUUUAUGUAUAUUUGUACAGGAUAACGUUACAUGGAUUGUACAGCUAAGAAGUUUGUAAAUAUAAUUUAGCUCAAUGAAAAAAUCAUCUGAAUAUUAUUAGA